AUGGCCGAAGAAAUCGAGAUCCCAGUUAUCAUCGUUGGGGGUGGGGGCUGUGGGUUGACCCUCUCAGCUUUCUUGUCCAACUAUGGGGUUGAGCACGUCCUUCUUGAGAAGCAUACAGGAACCUCGAUCCUUCCCAAGGCGCACUAUUUGAACCAGCGCACCAUGGAAACACUCCGAAAUCAAGACAUGGUGGAAAAGAUUCUGCAGAAGACUUGCCCCCCUCGUCACAUGAGUCAGGUUGCCUGGCAGACCUCGCUAGGUGGCUCCGGCCCGUUUGAUCGCCAGGUUAUCUCUAAAUUCGAAUGCUUCGGUGGACAUGAUGGACACGACGCUCCACUCCGCUCUGGAAACCUUCCACUUUUUCGGUUAGAGCCGAUAUUGAAACAAAUAGCGGAACAAAGAAACCCCGACAAAGUCUUAUUUGGUCAUCGAUUGAUGGAUUUCACCGAUAAGGGCUCUUACGUUCUUGUCCGAGCAUCUGACGAAGGCGGCAUAGAAAGAACAUAUCGGUGCAAAUACUUGAUUGCUGCAGACGGAGGCCGGACCAUCGGCCCUAAGCUGGGCAUCAAAAUGGAAGGGUUAACCAACAUCACCGAUAUGGUUUCGGUACACUUUAGUGCCAAUCUCUCUGAGUACUGGGAUGACCGCUACUUUGCUUGCCACUUAAUCAACGGCGAGUGCAACACCGUGUUCGAGAGCGGUGCAAUCGUUCCUAUGGGUCCAAACUGGGGCAAGCAUUCUAAGGAAUGGGUGUUUCAUUGCGGAUUUGCGAUGGAUGAUCAGAGUAGACACAACGACAUGGCAUUAAUUCCGCGUAUACGCCAGCUGUUGAAGAUCCCUGACCUUGAAAUGGAUGUUCAUAAAGUCAGUCACUGGGCGAUCGAGAAAGUCCUUGCGGACAGGUAUCGGGUUGGCCGAGUCUUUCUUGCCGGGGAUGCCGGCAAUCGCCGUCCACCUACGACAGGUCUAGGACUCAAUACCGCGAUCGAAGAUUCUCUCAAUAUCGCCUGGAAGCUAGCCAUGGUCCUCAAAGGACAAGCCAGCGAGUCUAUUCUAGACAGCUACGAGGAGGAAAGACGUUCUGUUGGCAAGAUCAACUGCGAUUGGGGUCUGUUCACAUUUAGCAACUCCGCUGUAAUCAAUACUGCCCUUGGGCUCAUCCCGGGGGAAAGAGAAGCAAACCAAGUCCGGUUCCACUCGCUUUUCGAAGAUACGGAUAAAGGCCAUAGCUUCCGGGCUCAAGUUGCGCGCAUCAUUGAUUCCCAAGCCAUUGAAUUUUGUGCACAUGGAAUUGAGCUGGGCUUCAGAUACACCAAGGGCAUUCUUCUGCAUGACGGAAGUCUCCCGAUAGAACGGGAUCCUUUGGGUUUGAAGUAUUACCCCACCACACAGCCUGGCCACCGUCUCCCUCAUGCCUGGAUUGAGACAGGGAAUAGUGUCAUCUCUACCCAUGACCUGGUGCCAAAAAGGCCAGGCUUUGCCUUGAUUACGGACAGUGAAGGUGGUGAUUGGGCAAUUGCAGCUCAUAACAUCGCCAAGAACCGGGGAGUUGAAGUUGCUGUGGCUCAGAUUGGUGAUAAGGCCCUUUACCGGGACUACGACGACCGAUGGAAUGGACUAAAAGGCAUCCAGACCGGCGGAGCUAUUCUGGUUCGACCCGAUAACAUGAUCGCCUGGAGGUCGAUCUACAAGAGCUGUCUUGAGGGCAAGGAGUUGGAAACUGCGAUGGAUCAGUUGUUGCUAGGAGUCCGGGAGGAGAAUUCCAAGGCGAAGCUCUAA